AGUUAAGAGAAUGUGAUAGAAGAGGAAGAAACCAUAUUCUUUCAUGGACUCGCACAACGAAAAACGUUGAAGAAGGAAGUGGCCGUGGAAAUGAAAGUGACUUGGAAGAACAACAAAAAGAAACGUUGUUUACCCACGUUGUCUCACUUCACUGACCUUCCCUUCGAGCAUAACGACCAACCCCAUUCAGAAGAUGGCGCGCGUGUUCCCGAUCCUGACCAAUCUCACGCUGUACAAUUGGCGAAUGAAUUUCAAGCUCAAGGAGAUAAGCUGGCUGUGGAUGGGAAGUACCAGGAAGCACUAAGUAAAUGGGAGGCUGCUCUUGCGUUGGCACCUGAUGUUCCAAUUUUGCAUGAACAAAAAGCCCAAGUUUUACUAGAAAUUGGAGACACUUGGAAUGCUUUAAAGGCUGCAACUCGAGCGACUGAAUUGGACCCAUCAUGGGCUGAGGCUUGGGUCACACUUGGCAGAACACAACUGAAUUUUGGUGAGCCUGAUAAUGCUAUUGAAAGCUUUGACCGAGCUUUAGCUCUAAAGCCUGAUUACGAGGAAGCUAAAGAAGAUAGGAAAACCUCUUUACAUCUUGUAAAGAAGAGAAAGCAACUUCAUUCAUCUGGCUUGAGUGACACUCAAAAUCGUUAUGUGGUGGGUGAAAAGGAUGAAAGCCAGUGAAGGGAUAUAAAAAGGGCGAAAGUUAUUGAACAUUUAAUGUGAUAUUUGGUUAUUCUGGUUGCUGUAGAUAUAGCAAAUUUCAGUCUGUAUACUUUUCAGUAGCUCAAUGCUUAAAAGAGUUCAUUAGGGGGUAAAGGUGGCACAAUAGUUAUGUUAAUGUGAUAGAUAGUGUAAUGAUGGUUGUUUCAUAUACUAAUUUCAAAAUGGUUGAAAUUCAAUCAUUCCCAAAUUUAGAACAGUCACUAGAAAAAAAGUCAAAAAAACAACCAAUGCAGUCAAAAUAUUGAACAUCUCUAGACUCAACCUAAUUUAGACCGUUUUAUGUAUAAA